CAUGAGCACCAUAUAAGGCGCAGCGAUCUCCAUAGAAACGUGUCAGUUUCAAUAGUAGUGUCAAAGUUCACUAUAUACAGACAUUCGCGCAGAUCCCCCGUUUCGGAAACAUUGCUCUGCUGGUCCUCUCGUUUAAGCGCAUUCAUUUUUUGGGGGUCUCUCCUUCUUCUUCUUCUUCUUGCAUAUCCUAUUAGUACUAGUUGGUGUUUUUCCUCUUUUUCUUUUUUUUUCCUCAAUCUUUUUUCUCUUCGUAUCUCCGUUCUUCCUCGCUGGAGAGAGGUGAAACUAUACAUGGGUACUUCAUUCGGCGACGCGGUUCUCCUUCGCAGCUGGGCGAGAUGAUGAGGUUUAUUUAAGAAUAUAGAUGUAAAAAGCCCAGCUCUUCAGUUUUUUUUUCCUCCUCCUCCUCCUCAUAUACGACGAAGACGGGAGUGUAAAGGAGCAAAGGGAAGAAAGGAGAAAGGAAUUUAUCUCCGCAGCACUUUGGAUCGCGUCUUUCCAGCGAAAAGGUUUUGGUUUUUUUUUUUUUUUUUUUUACUCGCUCCUGCCUUUCUUUUGUGGCUAUUUUUUUUAAAAUCUGACCGCAAUUUUUACGUCUGGACUCGGGUUUUCCUACAAGAUUAGGGAUUCCUGAAUGGCUGACUGCAAUUUACCUUGGAACUGGCCUCCCGAUACUUGCAUAUCCUGAUCGGGUGCCUCCUGAUUUUUGAAUGUAUUGAUCGCGUUUGCUCCCCUUCUUACCCCCCAUAUGAGAUUGCGUGCUCCGAUUUGACUUUGCACUGUCCCGUCUUUUGAGAUUUUUUUCCCCCUCCUCCUCUACGCUCCAUAAACAUCGGCGAUCAUUUCGCUUUACAGCACUUUCCGGGGCCGAGAUAUGGCAAUGGUAGUUAGCGUCUGGCGAGAUCCGCAGGAAGACGUGGCCGGAGGACCUCCGAGCGGCCCCAACCCAGCAGCGCAGCCGGCGAGGGAGCAGCAGCAGGCGGCGUCGGCGGCGCCGCACACUCCGCAGACCCCCAGUCAGCCGGGACCGCCGUCCACGCCGGGGACCGCUGGGGACAAGGGGAGCCAGAAUUCCGGACAGAGCCAGCAGCAUAUUGAAUGUGUGGUUUGCGGGGACAAAUCGAGCGGCAAACACUACGGCCAGUUCACCUGCGAGGGAUGCAAAAGUUUCUUCAAGAGGAGUGUACGCAGGAACUUAACGUACUCAUGUCGUGCCAAUAGGAACUGUCCCAUUGACCAGCACCAUCGAAACCAGUGCCAAUACUGCCGGCUGAAGAAGUGCUUAAAAGUGGGGAUGCGGCGGGAAGCGGUUCAGCGAGGCAGAAUGCCUCCAACCCAACCCAACCCAGGCCAGUACGCGCUGACGAACGGGGACCCCCUGAACGGCCACUGCUAUCUGUCCGGAUACAUCUCGUUACUGCUGCGGGCUGAGCCUUACCCGACCUCCCGGUACGGGAGCCAGUGCAUGCAGCCCAACAACAUCAUGGGCAUCGAGAACAUCUGCGAGCUGGCGGCUCGCUUACUUUUCAGCGCCGUGGAGUGGGCGAGGAACAUCCCCUUCUUCCCUGACCUGCAGAUCACCGACCAGGUGUCCCUUCUCCGGCUGACGUGGAGCGAGUUGUUUGUGCUUAACGCGGCUCAGUGCUCCAUGCCUCUUCAUGUGGCCCCUCUGCUCGCCGCGGCAGGCCUGCACGCCUCGCCGAUGUCUGCGGACCGCGUCGUGGCUUUCAUGGACCACAUCCGGAUCUUCCAGGAGCAAGUGGAGAAGCUCAAGACCCUGCACGUAGACUCGGCGGAGUACAGCUGCCUCAAAGCCAUCGUGCUUUUCACAUCAGACGCUUGCGGCCUGUCAGACGCCGCUCACAUCGAGAGCCUUCAAGAGAAGUCGCAGUGCGCCCUAGAGGAGUACGUCAGGAGCCAGUACCCCAACCAACCCAGCCGCUUUGGCAAGCUCCUGCUGCGGCUGCCCUCUCUACGCACCGUCUCCUCCUCGGUAAUCGAGCAGCUGUUCUUCGUCCGCUUGGUAGGUAAAACUCCUAUUGAAACCCUCAUCAGGGAUAUGCUAUUAUCCGGGAGCAGCUUCAACUGGCCUUACAUGUCCAUCCAAUGAUCCUUAUAUGACAAAACAAAACAGAGAGGAGGAGGAAGGGGAAAAAAGGACCAAAUUUCUGCACCCCUCAUCCUCCUUCAAGAAGACUAUAUAUAGGACCUUUUUUUCUGAGAAACUUUGCGGAAGACAUUACUUUUUUUCUGUCUUCUGGGACUUCGAUGGAAUACAUUAUGUACAGAAAAAUAUUGGAACUGGACUUUGCGCCUGUGUAAAUCCGCACCGUCAUCUUCAAGAACAAUACUCUCCAUUUUGUAAAAUACUAGUCUUUAUUUUCUUUUUUUCUUUUUUUUUGUAAAAAAAUACAAAUAAAAUGAAAAACAUCAUAUGCGCAGUAAGAAAAAAAAAUGAAUCAAGACUUAGCGGGAAAAUAAUGUUUCCAAGCAAUUAUAAGAAUUGUCCUGUGUCUAUGUACCUCUCUGUUUUGUAUUUUUUCUGGUUCUAAACCAGGGUUUCUGUGAUUCUAUACUAAUAAUUUUUUGAUAUAACCUUUUGCUUCUUAUAAUGAGUGCGAUAUAUGUUGUCGAAGCUAUGUUCUCCAAGAAUUAAAAAUUGAAGUGAGAAUUUAAAAGAAUAAAAAGAAACAAGACAAAUAAAAUGAAUUUAGACGAAUAAGAAACAGUCUAAUCGCUGUGACAAUAUCAACACUGAUGGUUGAACUUUUUAUUUUAUUCUUUUUUUUUAUUUUAUUUUAUUUUGACUUCCCCCUUCUCCCAUGCUCCCAACUGAUACGAUGGACCUGCAGCAGAAGCAGCAAAACGAAACUGACCUCCAGGACGUUUUUACUGACAUUUUUACUCCGUCUGGGGCGCAUCCCUCCCCCCUCCACCCUUCUCCCCUUCAUUCCUUUCCCCGGACCACGAGCGUGUGUGGAGUCGAUCAUCAGUCAAAAGAACAAACGGAGAGACAUGAAAUCAAAAAGCACUUUUAAUAUAUCAUUUCAAAUACAUUUUGUUUGUUUCGUCUUGAAGAUUUUUGUUGUUUCUUGAAUUUUAUUGGUUGUUGCCUUCAAUUUUGCUUACUCCAUGAUGCAGCUUUUAAAUUUUUUUUUAUUAUUAUUUUAUUUUUAUUUUAUUUGUUUUGGACAGAAUGGUCGGCUGAUGAAGUUGUGUGAUGGUGACUGUACUAUUAAAAAAGAAAUAGGCAACGAUGUCUCACUCUCAAGCAUUUUCCUGGGGAUCAAAUGUUUAUUAUUAUUAUUAUUAUUAUUAAUAUUUUUUUUAAUUUAACCAGUCAGAGGGAAUCUGUUGUUUUUAUGUGUGCUUGUACAACAGUUCCUGAAACCUACCUGUGAAAACAAAUUGUUACACGGGAUUAAAGGGGGAUAAUAAUUACACAAUAGAAGCACAUAUUACAUUUGGAAAGAGCCAUGACAUAACUGACAGUGCGAGUACAAAGAGGAAGGAGACAAUACUGGCCUGUGAGCGCAUUAAUGUUUAAUAUUUUUCCCAGACAGCGAGGGAAGCCUCUAACACAGAGCCACCUCUAUAACCUUCCCCCUGUGGCUUAAUCAAGGUGAUUCUCUGCAAACCAACACCCCCCUCUCUCCUCCACUUACUCUCGCCUAAAAUAAAAAAAAAUAAAAAAAGAAAAACUCUGCCCUGAUAACGCAUUGCAUGCUCUGUAUUGACGUGGGCGUCAUUUGGCAAAAAAAAAAAAAAAAAAAAAAAGGGUUAGGGGGGGCCCCCGCUGCAAAGCUGCUGUGAUAUGCGUGAUCAAUCUGGAAAAUGUAUUUUACAGCAUGUAAGCCAGUCGAUAGGAACACCGAGUGUGAUGCAUUGUGUGGGAAUAGAGAGGGAGGCAAGAGAGGGAGCGAACGACAGAGACACAGAGAGAGAGAGAGAGAGAGUGCUGAGACAAACGAGAGAAGAAGCGUGUUGGUAGAAAGUCAAGUGUAUGACGGUGUGCGUGUGAGUGUGUGUGACAGGAUAAAAAAAAAAAAGAUGUGGCCUUGGUUUGCUUGAUACAGUCAGAGUGUAAUGAGUCCAUCGAUAGUGUGUGAGAUGGGUUACGCACUGUCACUGCCCUUGCUUUGGUCUAUUUCUUGUUUUUGUCUCCAUUUACGCCCUAAAUGACAGAAGGGAAACCUGGUUUAUCACCGGUCCUUGCAUUUAAAUCACAGUGUAAGGCGUGAUAAAAUAUGAUAAAACAAAAUGACGGCAUAAAAUAUGGUGCAUAGGCUUGACAUUUCUUAAGUCGUCAUGAAAUGAGCUGCCUGUGUCUUUUUUUUUUUUUCCCCCCCAAAUCUUUCUCUUGUGGUUUUGGCAGUGAUCAGGGACAGCAGAGCAGGGAUGUGAUAUUUGUUAGCCUGUUUAAUUAUCAGCCGUGUGUUGUGAGUGUAACUCUCGUUUAUAGGUUAUUUUUGCACUGCUUAUGUCAUCAAGAAACUUUUAAGGUGUCACUGCCUGUAAUAAAGGAAGGAUGUGGCUCCAGGUUGUCCUCUGA